AUGGGGAAAAUCGUCUCGAUAAUCGCAAUGAGGCCCGUUACUUUCUUCUUCCUCUUGGUUGCACCGGCAUUAUAUGUUGCACAAAUGAUCAUCCCUAAUACAAUCCAAGCCUCAUACAUUGGAUUAGAUGGCCUCUUCUUUUCAUAUUUCAAAGAGGGUGAUCAAACAAUUGCAAUAUAUGCCAACACAACUUUUAACCUUGGUAAUUACACUUGGUACACUCAAUUAGUAACACCUACUAGUGGAGAGUUACUUGGAGAAGCCACGAUCACCAAACCACACAUUGUAAUCAAUGAGACAUGGUACAAACAAGCUAUGGCUAGCCCGAAAACCGGCUAUGCAGCGCUAGGGUUUCGAUGGAGCCCUAAUGGAAACGAGGGUUCGAGCCUGUUCUUAGACACCGCUAGCCUAGGUGGAGCCGGGGCUAUAUCUCUAGGGUUUCAGGUCGAGGGACUAACCGAUCUCUUAUCUAGUAAACAUCUUUUAGGUGGUGCAAGCUUGUACAUGGCAUCCCUUAGUGAUGGCAAGGUGCUAAUUGAAGGUUUAAAAGAGGCUAAUGUAACUAUUAAGGAUGAUAAAGCUUUGGUGCAUGAUAGCAACAAUGAUUUUGUUGGUGAAAUCCAAUGUAAUCCAAGCAAUGGUGUUGCAAAUGGUGAUGGUACCGCCUUUUCUGUUGGAGGAGCCAAUUUUGUUUUCUAUUGUUCUAGAAUUGAUGUUGCCAUGGUGCCAAUGGUGUAUGUAUUGGCUUGUCCAAGCAAUGGAUUGGUUAGCCAUGUUCACGAGCACACGAAGGUGGCACUCAUAGUUCUAAUUGUAACAAUGGGUUGCAUCGUGAUCUCUAUAUUCGCGUUUGUGGCCUUGAUAGUUAGGGCAGCUAGACGAGAGGUACACCUGUGUGCAGCGUACAUGAGAGAAAUGGAGAAAACCGCGCAAGCUGAAAGAAAGAGCAUGAAGCAAAGCUUAGCCUUUGCAAGUGCUACACAUGAUGUUCGAGGCUACUUAGCUUGCAUUAAGGGCUUGACUGAACUAUCUUCUAGUGAUGUUGCUCCCUCUUCUGAAAUUGCUUCUAACUUGAGGAAGAUCAACACUUGUGCUGAGGAUCUUUUAGCAUUAGUUAACUCCAUACUGGAUUUCAGCAAAAUAGAAGCAGGCAAAAUGCAUUUAGAAGAAACAGAUUUCAGCUUACCCCAACUUCUAGAAGACAUAGCCGAUUUACACCACCCAAUUUCCAUGAAAAAGGGAGUUGACCUAAUAUUAGACCCAUGUGAUGGUUCCAUCUUCAAAUUCUCCCAUGUUAGAGGUGACAAAGGCAAGCUUAAACAGAUCCUUGGAAAUCUGCUUAGCAAUGCAGUCAAGUUCACUUCAGAAGGUAACAUCUGCAUCAAAUGCGAAGCAAAAAAGAAGACAAGCUUUGAGAAUUCGAUCAUUAAUUCAAACAGGAACAACAACAACCUGUUAAACAGGGUAUCACAGUUCUUUUACAGGAAUCUGGAAAAUGCUUAUAAUGAUCUUGAAGUGAUGAAGAAGACGAUGAUGAUACAAGAUCGUGGUUGUGUUGAGUUUGAGUUUAGGGUUGAAGAUACAGGUCCUGGGAUUCCUAAGGAUAAAAGGCGUUUGAUUUUUGAGAAUUUUGUUCAGGUUAAGGAAACUUCUGCUGGACAAGUUGGUACUGGUUUGGGACUAGGCAUUGUUCAAUCUUUGGUUAGAUUGAUGGGUGGAGACAUAGAAAUAGUGGACAAAUCCAAUGGUGAAUCCGGAACAUGCUUCAAAUUCAACAUCUUCUUGAAAAUACAAGACCAAACAUUGGAUAAUAAUAAUCCAAGGCAAUUACAACAAGGAACAAAUCAUAAUAAUAAGGACAUGUUGUUGAAUUCAAAUUCAAACUUAGGGCUAACCACUUGUGUUCGUAGUAGUAGCCCUAAAGUCAACGAAAAGUCUUCUCUUGUAAUUCUCUUAAUCAAGAAUGAAGCAAGAAGAGGAAUGGUGUAUAGAUACAUGGAUAGCCUUGGAAUAAACUUGAAGGUUGUUGGUCAUUGGAAACAACUCUCUAUUACUCUUAAGAAGGUCAAGUCUAGGCUCAUUGAACCGGCUCAGUGGGUUCACAACUCAUCGAGCCCUAGCAGCUGCUCGGACCGCGGUCUUUGCAGAGGUGGGUCGUCUAAACUCCUUCCUCUGAAUAUGAUGGAUGGGUCCGAUGAAGGAGUCCUACCGGUUUAUAGAAGGUCUAACAUUCGAGGAGGGGCAGUGGGGUGCAUAUUGCUUGUAAUAGACUGUAAUGCAGGGGAUGAUUUUCGGAAACUGCAGAGGUUAGUUUCCGAGUUUCGAAAGGACCUUCAUAUGACAUGCACCACCAUCAAGGUGGUUUGGGUCGAUAGGCCCGAUACCCGUCGGGCUCAUUUUCGCGGGUUGGGUGAUGAGAGUCUUCCUUGGACGGAUCAGAUCAUAUCGGAGCCUCUUCAUGGGUCACGGUUGUGCAGAAUAGUGAGGCUUUUACCUGAGUUUGGGGGUGUUUUAGUGAACAACAAUGCACAGUCGGAAACUACGGAAGAAGAUGAUGAAGAUGGAGAGGAAGAAGAUGAAGUUGGUGGUGAGUCUAGUGGUGGUGGUGGUGGUGGUGGGGAGAUUAAGGUGGUGAGGAAGAAGAGGAACUUGAAGUUUACUACUUGCGGUGGUGGUGGUGGUGGUGAUAGUUAUGGUCGUGAACAUGAAAUCCGUCGAGUUGUGAGGAGCUCGAGUAGUGAGAAGUCCAUGUCGAGGUCUCAAAUCGUGCAAAAAGGAGAAAUACAAGAAGCUCCAAGAUGGAUGUGGGCCGGGUUGGGUUUCGGGCCGAGCUCAUGGGCUGUUGUGUUUUGUCUUGUCGUAUUUUUCAAAAAAGUGCAACCCAGGUUCGGCCCACGACUCCGUGCUCACGUUGGACCGGGCCUUUUCAUAUCAGAGCCCGACCCGGCCCACAACCCUCUUUACCGGUAUUUGAUUCAAAAGAAAAACACUCUAAACUCCAUAUUUUUUUGUGCUAGAAGGGAUGAAGAGGUCAAGAAAUCCCCCUUAGAAGGGAAGAAAAUACUGAUUGUUGAAGAUCACCUAUUACAAAGAAAGCUUGCUGAAACAUGUGUUAGACGUUUAGGUGCAGAAACUCAGACAUGUGGAAAUGGCAAAGAAGCCCUUGAUGUGGUUUGGAAAGCAUUGAGUGACCAACCCUCCAAAUUCCCAUAUGAUUGUAUUAUCAUGGACUGUCAGAUGCCAGUGAUGAAUGGCUAUGAAGCAACGAGGAGAAUCCGCGAAGAAGAGAAGAAGUACGGAAUACACAUACCGAUCAUUGCUCUGUCUGCUAACGAGGAGGGGGGAGAAGAAGGGAAGAUGAUAGUCGAGUCUGGAAUGGAUUUCCAACUUACAAAGCCUCUUCGGGCGGAGGAGCUCCUAAAAUUAAAACAAAAUCUGUUUUAAAUUAAUCUGUUAUACACGUUGUAUCAGUAAUUCAGUAGGUUUUUCACCAAUUUUUUUAAUUUUUUUUUUAUGUAUUAGUAGGUGUUAAGAUAAAUUUACCUGCAAAAUGUGGUUUUAAAUGCAGUAUGCAGUUAUAUAUUAUUAGGGUUAGCUUUUGUAGAGUAUGAGGUUUAAGCAAUGUACUAAUCUCAAUCAUGAGUUACUUAAUCUGAAAGUGCAUGUAUGUAUAGUUUAGUUCUAUGAUUAUAUUGCAAGCGAUUUUCUCCAUGGUAACUGCAAUAGGAUGAAUGUAAAAAACAUUUUUUUACAGUUUGUGUUAUCUGUUAAGGUGGUACAUAUGAAACUGUUCCAUGGUAAGUUCUGCAUCUGAUUAUCUGAAAAAUUUACAGCGCCUGAUAGGCCGCAUUUUUUUUUGGAAAAAACUCGACAUGACACGACUCGACAAAACACGCUAAAUUUA